UGUUAUAGAUUACUGUUACGGUUGUAGUGUGAACGUUAAACUAUGGCGACGAUGAACACCUUAACUUUUAAAAUAUUUAUUGUAUUUUUAUGUUUGUUUGAAUUUAGUGCCGGUAACAAAAAAUGCGAUGUAGAACAAAAGCUUCUAUGUCGGAAGCAAACUGAUUGUUCCAGCUGUAUUAGAGCCCAUGCUUGUUGUAACUGGUGUUAUCACCCAACGUUUGAAGGUGUCAAGUGUGAUUUAGUCGACAGUUUGCCAGAAUGCAAUGGAUUUAUCGAGUAUAAUAAAAACGAAACUCAAACGCAGAAUAUUAAUGCAGAAAACUCUAGUAGUGAUAACGGUGCACAGAUUACACCACGAAAUAUUAAAGUUCUUUUAAGGAACGAACGGGCGGUAAAUAUAAGUUUUAUAUAUCAAGCAGCAAGAAACUACCCUUUGGAACUAUACUAUUUGGCAGAUUUAAGUUAUUCUAUGAGAGACCAUAUAGAGACUUUUAGGAGUUUAGGACAUGAAUUUAGUAAAAGUCUGCAAAACUUAACAAAAAACUACAAAUUGGCGUUUGGAUCAUUCUUGGAUAAACCCGGAAUGCCUUUUGCUCUAACAGAUAUGGAAAAUUUAAUAAAUCCUUGCAAAUGGGAAAUGGAAAUAUGCAAUCCUAACUAUUUAUUUAAGCAUAUAUUAAACUUUACUCACAGUUCUGAUAAAUUCUCUGAAGCAGUCCGCGAAAGUCAAAUAUCUAUGAAUUUAGAUGGUCCGGAGGGAGCACUAGAAGCGAUAUAUCAAAUUCUAGUGUGUGGUGAAAAAUUCGGUUGGACUCAAGAAUCUUAUAAACUCGUGGUACUCUCUACCGAUGGUCUUCUUCAUACUGCUGGAGAUGGUAUCCUAGUGGGCGCCACAUUAAGGAAUAAUGGAACCUGUAUGAUAGACUAUAAUGGCGAACACACGGCACCUUUGCAGUACGAUUAUCCCUCUCUGGACGAAAUACGCUAUUUGCUCAGAAAGAAAAAAGUAAAUCUUAUAGUCGCCGUCCCACGAAAUAGUAGUAGUUAUUAUUUAAAUUUAGCAAAUAGCGUAUUUGAAAAAGAAAUGUAUGUUGCUUUGCUGGAAGGAGAUUCUUCCAAUAUUUUAGAUUUAGUGAACGAUGGUUUUAAACAAUUUAUUAGGCAAGUAGAAUUUUCAGCCAACACUAGUGAUACUCCGAAUUUAAGUGUUCGAUUUUUCGCAGACUGUAAUGGUAUUGGAAUAUUUGAAGAAAUCAGCGAAUGUAAAAAUAUAGAAGAAUAUACACCUAUUAAUUUUAAAGCGGAAUUAAAUUUGACAGAAUGGGAAGACUUUGAUGAAGAAACAAUAAUAAUACGAGAAAAGAGCAUUAACGAAGAAAUAAUCGUACACAUCGAGACUGUUGGAAGUUGUAAAUGUCAAAAUUUAAAUAAUAAUAAAAGAUGCACACAUGGAUCUAUAGAUUGUGAUCUUUGCAAGUGCGACAUAGGAUGGAAAGGUGAACAUUGCGAGGAAAAAUGUAGUGACAGUUUAAUUGAUUGUAUAAACAAUACAUCGGAGUAUCUUUGUUCGGGAAGAGGAGAUUGCAUCUGCGGAAAGUGUGAAUGUGAGAGAACUUAUAGCGGAGAAUUUUGCCAAUAUAAAUGUCCAGUGGAUGACAAUGGAAAAACCUGCGCAGGGCACGGCACAUGCACGGAUGGUAACUGUGUUUGUUUUUUGGGUUAUUCAGGUUACAAUUGUGAUUGUCCCCUGUCUAACGAAUCCUGUAAAUUUGGAACGGAUGUGCUGUGCAAUAAUAAAGGCACAUGUAAUUGCAACGAAUGCCAUUGCGAUGAUAAUUUUUUCGGAACUUACUGUGAAAAGCUGAAAGAGGAAAAUCAGGUUGAAGAAAAUGUACUUUGCAAGAAUUUUGACAGUAUGGUUAAAGAUAAUCAAGGAAAGCUUGAUGAUACGAGCAUAAUCAUAUAUAGAGCAGAUAAUAUAACUACAUAUUUAAAAUAUGUUUCUCCAAAUUAUGUUUGUAAUCAAGAGUGCACCAUUGAAAGUUUCGAAGAUAUCCAGAGAUGUAUGAUAAAGUACUGUUACGAAAAGACAGAUUUUGGAGGAAUACAGCUAUUAGUAUCUCCAAAAGAUUGUAGCAAAAAUGCCAGGGCAUAUGGUAUAAAUAUUGCAAUAGCUAUGUUUUCCGCAAUAAUUGGAAUAGGCAUUCUGUUCAUAUUUCUUAAGAAAUGGCACAUUUAUAAACUGGAUCAAGCUGAGUUUCAAAAACUUGAGGCAAGCAAUUUUGACUAUUGAAUCAAAUCCAUUUUAAAAGUCCUUUAACGUCGUACCAAAAUCCCUAAAACCAUUAGACGAAAAAUACUGAAAAUAAAAUAUGCACACACACACACACGGAUUUUUUAAAACUCUGUAUAUUUUUUGUAUAAAAUAGCAGGUUUAAUCGUGACUGACUAAGUU